CGCUUGGUGAUGAGCUGCGGCAGGGGGAGGGGGCCGGGGGCCGAGAAGCCGCUGCGGCAGCCGCCAGGAGACGUUGACAUCUGGCGUCCCUGGGGGCCGAGGGAUCCUCUGGCGGGCUGCAACCUGGGCCUUGUGGCCGUCGCGUGUCCCCGUGCUCACCCCCUCUCCUCAGAAGUGUGGUGUCCGCCAUGGAAGCGCAUCCGGCCGCCACCGGAGUCCCCGGGCACCGCGGCCCAGGGCUCCCCGGAGCGAUGAGAGGGUAGCGGCGCGCCGCGGCCCAGCUCCCUCCAGCGCCCAGUCCGCCCGGGUAAAAAGGAGGGUCGGUGGACGGCCGCGCCGCGGUGCCCGCCCCCGCGCCGCGCCGUCCCGCCCCCUGGGGGCGCUGCCGAGGGGCGCCCGCCGCCCAUGCCGCCCCGGCGCCCCGCCGCGCCCGGCGCCCGCCGCUGAAUCCUGCUCGCGCCCGCCCGCCGCCGCCGCCGCCGCGCCCGCCGCCUUGAGGCGACCACCCUCCGCCCAAGAUGUGGCACAACGUUGGGCUGACGCUGCUGGUGUUCGUGGCCACGCUGCUGAUCGUCCUGCUGCUGAUGGUGUGCGGUUGGUAUUUUGUAUGGCAUCUGUUUUUAUCUAAAUUCAAGUUUCUACGGGAACUGGUGGGAGACACAGGAUCCCAGGAGGGAGAUCAUGAGCCUUCAGGGUCUGAAACCGAAGAAGACCCUUCAUCCUCUCCACACAGGAUCAGAUCUGCACGCCAAAGGAGGGCACCUGCUGAUGAAGGCCAUUGACC